AUGUUCCAGCAGUAUUUUAGUCUGUCCAAACGAACAGUGCAUAGCUUGUGCGACGAGCUUGACCCUAUCAUUGGAUGCCAGCGAGCCAGUGGCCAUUCCACAGAAAGGAAGGUGUUGUGCGCGCUGCGAUUCUUCGGCGCCGGAAGCUUCCAGAGGAGCGUUGGUCGCGAGGAGCACAUAGGCAUGGCACAGUCGGCCGUGAGCAGCACCAUUCACGAGGUGACGGAGGCCGUCAUUUCCGUGUCUGCCCGGAGAAAGUUGGUGGACUUUCCAUUCGCACCGCCUGCCAAGGAUGAGGCAAAGGCGGCGUUUGCACGACGCGGCGCCAUUCCAGGCGUGCUAGCGUGCGUCGACGGCACGUUGAUCGCCAUCAUGAAGCCAGAGGGACUCAGCCCGGCCGACACGGAGACUCAAGAUAUCCCCUCGAGCAAUGGCUGCUUGUUCCAGUACCUGGCAGCCAUGCCCGGCAGCACCUCUGAAGACCACUAUAACCGGGAGCACGCAUCCAUGCGCAAUGUUGUGGAGAGAUGUAGCGGGGUGUUGAAAAGCAAGUUCCGCUGCUUGCGGCAAUUUCGGACACUGCUAUACAGCCCCGAUAGAGCAGCGCGAAUCAUUUAUGCAUGCGUUGCGCUCCAUAACAUUGCCUUGGACGCGGGUGACUGGACAUUGGACGAUUAUAGGGGGGAAGUGCCACCAGCUGAGGAGCCAGAGGAGCCAAGAGACAUCCAGGUGCUGGCACCGCACGACGUGUUCCUCAGAGGAAGGCAGCAGGCAGCCCCGUUGUCAACCUUUUCUGAAGGACACCGGAAUGGGCCUUCCCUGUUCAGCGUGUCGGCCAGCUACUGCCACAGCCGUCAGCGGUCGCAACAGUGA